GGAGUGGAUGUUUUCAGAGCUUGCAGCUGCAUUGUUCCCUGCCUGAGGAUGAGGCUAACCUAGGAGAAGAACUGCUGGGAUUGCUGCUUGCUGUGUAUCCUGAGAAGAUAAAGGAUGACCCUGAGCUACAGGUACCUUAUGUCUCCCCCGGGGGCCGUUCAGGAAGCCGUGGAGGUAGCUUUAGAUGCUGGAUAUCGGCACGUCGACUGUGCUUAUUUUUACCAGAACGAGACCGAGAUCGGAGCAGCCUUUCAAAAGAAGCUCGGGGAAGGGAGGCUGAAGAGAGAUGAGCUCUAUGUGGUGAGCAAGCUGUGGAACAGCUUCCACGCCCCGCAGGAUGUGAAGCCGGCUUUCCUGAAAAGCCUGACGAUGCUGAACCUGGAUUACCUGGAUCUCUAUCUCAUGCACUCUCCAAUGGGCUUUCCGAAUAUCAGUGGGGAGCUCAUGCCUCAAAAGGACGGAUUGCUUCUGCAGUCGGAUGUGGACUACGUGGACACCUGGAGGGCGAUGGAGAAGCUGGUGGACGAAGGCCUGGUGAAAUCGGUGGGGGUUUCCAACUUCAACAUCUCCCAGCUGGAGAGGCUGCUGUCCGUGUGCAGGAUCAAACCUGCCGCCAACCAGGUGGAGCUGCACCCCUACCUAACCCAGCCCGAGCUGGUGGAAUACUGCAAGUCUAAGGGGAUUGUCCUCAUUGCAUACAGUCCCUUUGGCUGCCCUGCCCUGCCCUGCAGCAGGAGGCUUUGCUGCCUCCCAGCGGUGCUGGGAAGGCGACUCUCCACCAGCCUCCUGUUUGCAAAGUACUGCCUGUUCGCCGAGAGCAGCAGCCGUUGUUCAGGACUCUCCAAAUCCUCUUCCCUUAGCCCUUCGGGGGAGAACAGCCCUGUGCCUCUCCUGGAGAAUCCCACAGUGAAUGAGAUCGCUCAGAAGCAUGGAAAAACCAGCGCUCAGGUUCUCAUCCGCUUCCACAUUCAGAGGGGCAUCGCCACCAUCCCGAAAAGCAUCACCCCGGCCCGCAUCGUGGAGAACGCAGAGGUAACGGGGAUGGCUAGCGAGCCGGGAGCCCUCUUCGCUCCUGGCCAAUGGCUGAGGUGUUACUGUCACCAGGGCAGGGUAUACGACUUUCACCUGACACACAAAGAAAUCCAGACGCUGGAAGGACUAAACUGCAACACGCGAUUUAUUAAAUGGAACUUGCUGGGGAUGGAGACACACAAACACUUCCCAUUCAGUGACAAGAAAUGGGAAGUCAGUCCUGGAAGAUCCGCUUCCCAGUAACUCAACUGCAUGUAUUGGCAAGCUUUCAAAAUGAUCCAUAUCAGCCUCUCAAAAUCCUUAUGAAAACGUACUAGGCAAGGUAAACUAAAAUCUACUUGCCUACCUGUACACUGGGGCUAAAACUAAUUAUGUUUUAUUUCCCAUUUUAAAUGAUGUGAGAAUGGAGGAUAAGAAUUUUACAAGGGUGAUUUUAAAUAUUUGCUCAGCAAAGGGUAAGGGGGGAUCUUGAUAAGCUAUUUGUUCUCUGGAGACAGUUUCUAGAUGUGGGGGUAAAGGAUUAGACCCUUCUGUAAUGUUCCCCUGAUUUUCUUUCAGUAACACAAUAAAAACCAGCUGCCCAAUGACAGCAUUUAGCA